AUGGAGGUGCCCAACGUCAAGGACUUCCAGUGGAAGCGCCUGGCGCCACUGCCCAGCCGCCGGGUCUACUGCUCCCUGCUGGAAACCGGGGGGCAGGUCUAUGCCAUCGGGGGAUGUGACGACAACGGCGUCCCCGUGGACUGCUUUGAGGUCUACUCCCCCGAGGCCGACCAGUGGACCGACCUGCGCCCCCUGCCCACAGCCCGGGCCGGGGUGGCUGUCACCGCCCUGGGGAAGCGGAUCAUGGUGAUCGGGGGUGUGGGCACCAGUCAGCUGCCUCUGAAGGUCGUGGAGAUGUACAACAUCGAUGAGGGCAAGUGGAAGAAGAGGAGCGUGCUGCGCGAGGCCGCCAUGGGCAUUUCUGUCACGGCCACAGAUUACCGAGUGUACGCGGCAGGCGGGAUGGGCCUGGAUCUCCGUCCACACAACCACCUCCAACACUAUGACAUGCUCAAGGACAUGUGGGUGUCUCUAGCACCCAUGCCCACCCCGAGAUAUGCUGCCACCUCAUUCUUCCGAGGUUCCAAGAUCUAUGUGCUGGGGGGACGACAGUCCAAGUACGCGGUCAAUGCCUUCGAGGUCUUUGACAUCGAGACUCGCUCCUGGACCAAGUUCCCCAACAUUCCCUGCAAGCGGGCCUUCUCCAGCUUUGUGACCUUAGACGACCGCUUGUACAGCCUGGGUGGCCUGCGGCAGGGUCGGCUCUACCAGCAGCCCAAGUUCCUCCGGACGAUGGACGUGUUCGACAUGGAACAGGGGGGAUGGCUGAAGAUGGAGCGCUCAUUCUUCCUUAAGAAGCAGCGGGCAGACUUUGUGGCCGGCUCUCUGAGUGGACGGGUCAUAGUGGCUGGAGGACUUGGGAACCAACCCACUGUCCUGGAGACGGCAGAGGCGUUCCACCCAGGGAAGAACAAGUGGGAGGUCCUCCCCGCCAUGCCCACACCCCGCUGUGCCUGCUCCAGCAUCGUUGUCAAGAACUGCCUCCUGGCCGUGGGGGGCGUCAACCAGGGUCUGAGCGAUGCGGUGGAAGCCCUGUGUGUCUCUGACUCCUAGCUGGCUCUGGGCCC